CUAGCAAGCAAGCCAGGCUGCGGCGUAGGCCUGUAGCUCUGUCGCUGAGGCGUUUGAGUGACUGUUUUGCAGCUCUGCUGCAAGCACGCUAUAGCCUGAACGGCUGCCGCGCGCCGCGCCGCCUGGUGGACCACCCCCUGAGAUCCCUGCUGGGGGCUGCACGCCGCCGCGUUGUUACGCCGCCGCGAGGACGCGAUAAAACAAGAUGAAGGCCUUCGCCGGCCUCUCUUCUGAUGACGAUGAUUCGGAUGAGGACAUGGCGCCCGCGUUGCCGAUCCCGGGCCGCGCCUCGCCUUUGGUGGAUGAAGACGUAGACGACGACGAAGCGCGAGCCGAGUUGCGAUUCCGGGCCGAGCUCGAGUUCCUGCAGUGCUUAGCAAGUCCGUUAUACUGCCAAUUCUUAGCCCAGCACGACUAUCUUGAAGACCCGAAAUUCUUGAAAUUCCUCGACUACCUCCAGUACUUCCGCAGACCGGAGUACGUCGGGUUUGUGGAGUACCCCCACUGCUUCGCGUUUCUGGAUUUGUUACGGGAGUCGGAGAAGUUCCGGACCGACAUAAGACGGGACGAGUGCCGCGACUGGUGCCACCAGCAGCAGUUCCAGUCCUGGCAGUUCCACCACCGGCAGGAGCACGUCACGCCGAACUUGGAGCCCCCAGUCUUGGGCGAGGGCGACUGGCGCGCGACGCCCCUCCAAUUAACCGGAGACGACUUUGUGAAGUACGAGGCGUACCUCGAGAAGACGUUGGGGAAGCAGUCCGAGGCGUGGUUCUUCUCGGCCGAGACGCUCGGGGACGAGAAGGUGCGCGCGGCGCUGGAGGCGUCGCCCCUGGCGGGGUCUUAAGGUUGUUGUUCACAUACUUACAUAGC